AUGCGCCGGCCGCGCCGCCGCGGGGCGCGCCCGCCGCUCCUGGCGCUUCUGGCCGCGCUGCUGCUGGCGGCGCGUGGGGCCGCUGCCCAAGAAACAGAGUUGUCAGUCACUGCUGACUUAGUGCCUACCUCAUCAUGGAACAUUUCAAGUGAGCUCGACAGAGAGUCUUACCUGACCCUCGAUGAACCGAUGAAUAACAUCACCACGUCCCUGGGGCAGACGGCAGAACUGCACUGCAAAGUCUCUGGGAAUCCGCCUCCCACUAUCCGCUGGUUCAAAAAUGAUGCACCUGUGGUCCAGGAGCCCCGGAGGAUCUCCUUUCGGGCAACCAACUAUGGCUCUCGGCUACGGAUUAGAAACCUUGACACCACAGACACGGGCUACUUCCAGUGCGUGGCGACGAACGGCAAGAAGGUGGUUUCUACCACUGGAGUCUUGUUUGUCAAGUUCGGCCCCCCUCCCACUGCAAGUCCAGGGUCCUCAGAUGAGUACGAAGAAGAUGGAUUCUGUCAGCCGUACAGAGGGAUUGCAUGUGCAAGAUUUAUUGGCAACCGCACUGUCUAUAUGGAGUCUCUGCAUAUGCAAGGGGAAAUAGAAAAUCAGAUCACAGCUGCCUUCACCAUGAUCGGCACCUCCAGUCACUUGUCUGAUAAGUGUUCUCAGUUCGCCAUUCCUUCCCUGUGCCACUACGCCUUCCCAUACUGUGAUGAAACCUCAUCUGUCCCAAAGCCCCGGGACUUGUGUCGCGAUGAAUGUGAAAUCCUGGAAAAUGUCCUGUGUCAAACAGAAUACAUUUUUGCGAGAUCAAAUCCCAUGAUUCUGAUGAGGCUGAAACUGCCAAACUGUGAAGAUCUCCCCCAGCCAGAGAGCCCCGAAGCUGCAAAUUGUAUCCGGAUUGGAAUUCCCAUGGCAGAUCCUAUAAAUAAAAAUCACAAGUGCUAUAACAGCACAGGUGUGGACUACCGGGGAACUGUCAGUGUGACCAAAUCAGGGCGCCAGUGCCAGCCGUGGAAUUCCCAGUACCCACACACACACACCUUCACCGCCCUCCGCUUCCCAGAGCUGAACGGAGGGCACUCCUACUGCCGCAACCCAGGGAAUCAGAAGGAAGCUCCCUGGUGCUUCACCUUGGAUGAAAACUAUAAGUCUGACCUGUGCGACAUCCCAGCAUGUGAUUCAAAGGAUUCCAAGGAGAAGAACAAAAUGGAAAUCCUGUACAUACUGGUGCCUAGUGUUGCCAUCCCCCUGGCCAUUGCUUUGCUCUUCUUCUUCAUUUGUGUCUGUCGCAAUAACCAGAAGUCAUCGUCACCGCCUGUCCAGAGGCAGCCAAAACACGUCAGAGGUCAAAAUGUGGAGAUGUCAAUGUUGAAUGCAUAUAAACCCAAGAGCAAGGCUAAAGAGCUGCCUCUUUCUGCUGUACGUUUUAUGGAAGAAUUGGGUGAAUGUGCCUUUGGAAAGAUCUAUAAGGGCCAUCUCUAUCUCCCAGGCAUGGACCAUGCUCAGUUAGUUGCUAUAAAGACCUUGAAAGAGUAUAACAACCCCCAGCAAUGGACAGAAUUUCAACAGGAAGCCUCCCUGAUGGCCGAACUACACCACCCCAAUAUUGUCUGCCUUCUAGGGGCUGUCACUCAGGAACAACCUGUGUGUAUGCUUUUUGAGUAUAUGAAUCAGGGGGAUCUCCACGAGUUCCUCAUCAUGCGGUCCCCACAUUCAGAUGUUGGCUGUAGCAGUGAUGAAGAUGGGACUGUAAAAUCCAGCCUGGAUCAUGGAGAUUUUCUACACAUUGCAAUUCAGAUUGCAGCCGGCAUGGAAUACCUGUCUAGUCACUUCUUUGUCCAUAAGGACCUCGCAGCUCGCAAUAUUUUAAUCGGAGAGCAACUUCACGUAAAGAUUUCAGACCUUGGGCUUUCCAGAGAAAUAUACUCCGCUGAUUACUACAGGGUGCAGAGUAAGUCUUUGCUGCCCAUUCGCUGGAUGCCCCCUGAAGCCAUCAUGUAUGGCAAAUUCUCUUCUGAUUCAGAUAUCUGGUCUUUUGGGGUUGUCUUGUGGGAGAUUUUCAGUUUUGGACUCCAGCCAUAUUAUGGAUUUAGUAACCAGGAAGUGAUCGAAAUGGUGAGAAAACGACAGCUGUUACCAUGCUCCGAAGACUGCCCCCCAAGAAUGUACAACCUCAUGACAGAGUGUUGGAAUGAGAUUCCUUCCAGGAGACCAAGAUUUAAAGACAUUCACGUCCGGCUUCGGUCCUGGGAGGGACUCUCAAGUCAUACCAGCUCUACUACUCCUUCCGGCGGAAAUGCCACCACGCAGACAACCUCCCUUAGUGCCAGCCCAGUGAGUAAUCUCAGUAACCCCAGAUAUCCCAAUUACAUGUUCCCGAGCCAGGGUAUUACACCACAGGGCCAGAUUGCUGGUUUCAUCAGCCCACCAAUACCUCAGAACCAGCGAUUCAUCCCCAUCAAUGGAUACCCAAUACCUCCUGGAUAUGCAGCGUUUCCAGCUGCCCACUAUCAGCCAACAGGUCCUCCCAGAGUGAUUCAGCACUGCCCACCUCCCAAGAGUCGGUCCCCGAGCAGUGCCAGUGGGUCGACUAGUACUGGUCAUGUGACCAGCCUGCCUUCAUCAGGAUCAAAUCAGGAGGCAAAUAUUCCCUUACUACCACACAUGUCGAUUCCGAAUCAUCCCGGUGGAAUGGGUAUCACCGUUUUUGGCAACAAAUCUCAAAAACCCUACAAAAUAGACUCAAAGCAACCAUCUUUGCUAGGAGACUCCAACAUUCAUGGACACACCGAAUCUAUGAUCUCUGCAGAACUGUAAAAUGCACAACUUUUGUAAAUGUGGUAUACAGGAAAAACUAGAAAGUCGUAGAAAAGAUUUAUAUUCAAAUGUUUUUAUUAAAGUAAGGUUCUCAUGUAGCAGACAUUGCAACAAGUAUCUUCUGUGAAGUUUAACUGUGUCUUACCAACCAGGGCAAACUCCAGCCAGAAAAAAAACAUUGUGGGAUUAACACUCCAUCAGGGUGUAGGCCAUGCCACUGGGAUUGGUACAUUUGGUUUCAAGUACUGAAAACUGCAAACCAGUGAAGAGGAAAUGAACCUUAUGACUUAAGUAUCAAACCAAAAAGGAAAGUCAAACGGUGCUUUGUGUAUUCACCUUUGGCUGCCAUGACUGUUCUCUCCCCAAAAU